GGAUUGCUGGUAGAUCGUGUGUCCGGCUCGGCAGAUCAUCUUCUCUCUUGUUUUGUUCUAAUAAUUUUGCUUCAAGUAUGAUGUUGGCAAUUUUAGGAGGAUUUCUAGAUGAAGAAAUAUCAUCAGAAUCUUCUGAUGAUUCUGACCAGUCAGCAAAUGAACAAGAUCACAAACUUAAGAACAAAAGUGACGCAGACAAAUCUGAAAUACCUUCCAGUGAACUUAUUAUACCUUCGCAUCAGUUUUCGGCCCCCGGAGCUCCGGCGGAAGAUGCACCCAGCAAGCCGCUAAUCCCCGAUGAUUCUGCCAAUUCAGUUGCAGGAGACAAGACAGACUUUCUCUCGAAAUAUGAUCAGAUUCAGAAAUUUCAGAUCUUGCAAGCACAGCGAAUACAAGCAACAAAAGAAAAAAUUCCAGAAGGACAUAGAAGGAGACGGAGGAGAAAGCGCAGAAAUCAAUUUCAAGACAAUCAAGCUGAUGACUGUGGCAGUCCCAGCAAGAAACAACACAGUGAAGAAUUGUCUUCAACUUCAGAUGGGCCUUCAGAAGCAGGACCAUCCAAGAAUGAACAAGAACACUGGGAUACACUGAAAGAAUACCUUGAUGUCAACUCUCACAUAAGUCAGGGUGUCGAUCAUGGCCACCUUGCGCCAGAUAAGUCUGGUCUGGAGAAGAGGUUAGAAAAGGCAAUUGCUGAAGGUGAAUUUGAGAGAGCAGAGAAGCUGAGCGAAAAACUAUCUGUGAGGGAUUUAGGAUGCAGAAUAGCAAAUGCCGCAAACGCUCGUGACUACAUGAAAUGGAAGUUGGAGAGAGAAGAAGAGAAAGCAGUCAAGAAAAGGAAGAAGAAGAAGAAAUUAGCCUGGGGAUUUGAAGUGAAGAAUAGAUGGGAGAUGAAAGCGAAUAUGUGAACCAUGAGAUUUGUAGGUGAAACAUGAAUGCUAUGAAAUGGAAAGAACACAACAGAACUGAAGACUCUUGGUGAGAACCCAAAGUGCUCAGUGGAAUGCAUUUCAACAUAUAUAUCCAGUAUUGGUUUUAACUUGGCCUGACCGAGACUGCUAAUCAGUGCUGUCAUUUGCUGCGCAUUGGUGGACCAAUGAAAUAAAGAAAUCCACCGAGUCAAAGACUUUGAAACAAACUUUCAAAGGAAAGGAGAGAAUCUGUACUUUUUUACGGCUCAAUUUUCUUCAGAGAAUUUUGUAAAGUGGUGAAAAAAAAGAAGAAAAAAAAGUGAGUGAGUGAGUGAGGGACAUCAUCGACUCUCUCAUUUGCAUCUCACUGAGUUUUGCAUAUAACUGUUUUGUGAAAAAUAAGUAAAACUUUAAAACGUCAAACCUUCUUAAUUUACAUGAGAUCUUGAUGAAAUUUUCAUUCAGACUUAAUAUCUUUGUGAAUCACCCCCCCCCCAUGUGAAUUCAGGGGCCUGUUGCUGAAAGAGUUGCAAUCAAACACAACUCAAAAAAUCAAACACAAAUAUUAAAGGUCAAGUCCACCCCAGAAAAUUGUUGAUUUGAAACGAUAGAGAAAAAUCAAACAAACGUAACACUGCAAAUUUCAUCGAAAUCGGAUGUAAAAUAAGAAAGUUAUGACUUUUAAGUUUCUCUUAUUUUUCACAAAAUAGUUGAAUGCACAACUCAGCGAUAUGCAAAUGAGAGAGUCGAUGAUGUCUAUCACUCACUAUUUCUUUUGUUUUCUAUUGUUUGAAGAAUACAAUAUUUCAAUUUUUACAGAUUUGACAAUAAGGACCAACUUAACUUAACCAUAAACUGUUAAAAUAAUGGUAAUUCCACAUGUUCAGGGAGAAAUUAAACUUUUUUCACUUGACAAGGAGGAGAAAAUUAAAAUAUUUCAUAUUUCAUGUAAUAAAAUACAAAAGAAAUAGUGAGUGAGUGACGUCAUCAAUCUGCCAAUUUGCAUACCAACCAGGAUGUGCAUAUAACUGUUUUGUGAAAUUACGCGAAACUUUAAAAUGUCAUAACUUUCUUAUUUUACAUCCGAUUUUGAUGAAAUUUUCAGUGUUUUGCUUGUUGGAUUUUUCUCCCUUUUUUCAAAUCAACUUUUUGUUGGGGUGGACUUGUCCUUUAAUUUUGAGCGAACCAGACUCGCAUAUUUUGGACUUGCGCUUGGUUUUUAGAGUUAUGUCUAAAUGCAACCCUUUUCUGAAACUGGACCCUAGGUCCCGUAACACAAAGAUUAGUAAUCAAUUGCACGCUUCAUUUUCACGAUUGAUUGUACAUUUUAGCCAAUGGAAUCAAUGGUAGAAAAUUGUUGUACCAUUAUUGCUGAGUUUUGUGUUACGGGCCCCUGGUCAUGUUAAUUGUGUUAUGUGUUUGAGGUUGGAAAUGAGAAUUGUAAAUAAAACUAAAUAUGAAUAUUCAA